UCAUUCGCCAUGGGUAUCAAAUAUAAUAUGGCUGUUGGCCUUAACAAGGGCCACAAGACCAUUCCUUUGAAAGCUGGCAGAAAAACAAGGCCCACAAGAAGAAGAGGGGCAUUAACCAAGCAUGCUAGAUUUGUCAGAGACUUAGUGAGGGAAAUCACAGGAUUCGCUCCCUAUGAGAGACGCAUGCAGGAAUUGCUGAGAAUUCAGAAGGACAAAAGAGCACUCAAAUUUGCCAAGAGAAGGCUUGGAUCACACAUCCGUGCCAAAAGGAAGAGAGAAGAAAUGCAGGCCGUCUUACAGAAAAUGAGAAAAGCACAGAAAGAACAGAAAUAAAUUAACUCCUCUCUU